AUGGCACGCAACGCUUUCGACUUUGAGGCCUUCCUCACGCCCUCAGAGCGCGGAAUCGCGUCGCCCCAGCCGCCGUCUUUGUUCUUGGGUAUGGACGACGCGCGCGCCUCCGUCGUCGUCCCGCUGCUGGCCUACUGGGUCGUGUCCAUCUUCUAUGAGACGGUCCAUUACGCCGGUUGGUUCGCCGCCUAUCGCGUCUACCCCACUGGCGAGGAGAAGCGGCGCAAUCUCGUCACGCGCUGGGAGACGCUGCGUGUUGUGCUCGUCAUGCACGCCGUGCAGCUCGUUUUCGGUCUCGUCAUGGCCAGCAUCCUUGAGCCGGCCGAUGGGGCCGGUGUGGGGCCGGUAUGGGGCCGGUUCGGGAGCGCCGAGUUCUUCGGGCUGCAGAUCAAGAGCAUUUUCCCACACGCAGCUGCUACCUUGGGCCCAAAGGUGCUGUGGAACUUGGCGAAAGUCCUCCAGUGGUCGUGGCUGGGUCUCCGCCAGCUUGCGACCUUCUUCGUCUUCGACACCUGGGCAUAUUGGGUGCACUACUUCGAGCAUAUGAUACCGUUCCUCUAUCGUCGCAUUCACUCGGUCCACCACUAUAACUAUAUCCCCUACAGCUACGCGGCGUCCUACAACCACCCGAUCGAGGGGUUCUUCAACGAUAUACUGGGCUCCUAUAUAUCGAGCCGUCUCAUCGGCCUCAGCGAUCGCGAGGCCAUGGUCUUCUUCGCGACGGCCAGCGUCAAGGCCGUCGACGACCACGCCAGCCUGGAGCUGCCGUGGAACCCACUCAACCUUUGGGGCUGGGCCUUUGGCAACGGCAUGGUCCACCACAACAUCCACCACCAAGUCUGGGGUCUUAAAACCAACUUUGGCCUCUACUUCACCUUCUGGGACCGGGUAAACAACACCAUCUACAGAGGUAACAGGCGACUUUCCGAGGCAAAGGAGAAGUGGAUGGCGCAAAAAAAGGAAGAGGCGGAGAAGAAGGAGCUCUGA